UUUUCAUUAUUUUCAUUAAUUUAGCUAUCGAUACGAACAGUCGAGGUAUAAAAAAGUUGGUAGAUUAAAAAAAUAUGUACGACUCGGGCGAUGAAUAUUUGCGGUCGGUUCCGCAGGAGGGCAUAGUGGAGGUGUUCCUGAUCGACACGGCGGCCGACGAGGACGUGAACGUGAGCGCCGAGCUGGUCCGCUCCGGCCACGCGGACGCGCGCUGCGACUCCUCGCUGCGGACGUCGGACUGCUACCUGUUCCCGCGGUUCGACGCGCUCGAGAACGGCGACACGCCCAACUUCGGCGAGAUCAGCGGCUACCUGCGCGACGGCAUCGUGCUCGAGUACGUGGACGAGUACCGCCGCCACGUGCCCGCCUGCCUGCCGCCGCCGCUGUUGCCCGCCGCCACGCCCCCGCCCCCGCCCACGCCCACCCCCUCGCCCGAGCCCUCGCCCCCGCCCCCGCCCACGCCUUCGCCCCCGCCUUCGGUCGUCGCGCUGCCCGCAUCCUCGGCGUCCGACGACGACCGAGACGACGAACCGGACCUACCUCGAUCUUCUGACAAAAAUCGCGCGCCCGCUCCGGAAUUCCCCGAUGCCGUCCCGGCGGGAGAGGGAGGGCGAACGGAGAACGAAACUACCGUCCCCCGCCCCGCUCCAGUCGAUGCAUUCAACAGGGUGCCCCUGAUGCGGGCCCCGCCGCCGCAGCGCGCGCCCCCGCCGCGCCCGCCGCAGGUCGCUUUCGCGCCGGUGAUGCCGUACGCGGGCUUUCCUCCGUAUCCGGGCGGAAUACCUCUGUACCCGCCCAUGUACCCUCCGCCGAUUCCCGUGUUCGUGCCGGGCGCGCCGCGGCCCCCCGCCCCGCCCCUCGCGCCGCCCCCGGUCCCGCGCCCCCUGCCCGCGCCGCCCGCGCCCCCGCAGCAGCAGCAGGGCGAGGUGACGCUGUCCGCGUCGGAGUGCGAGAUCUUCCGGUUGCUGAGUCGCGUGGAGCCCGCCGCGGCGCACUGGUACGUGUCGGACGCGAUCGCCCGCGCGAUGCGCUCGCCCGCCGCCCCCGCCCCCGCGCCCGCGCCCGCGCCCCCUCCCCCGCCCCCGGCCCCGGCCGCGUCCAAGCUGAACCCGGAGGCGACCGAGUUCCGACUGGUGGCGUCCGGCACGCAGACGGAGCUGACGGUGGUGCCGCUGCCGGCGGGCAUGCGCCCCCCCCCGGGCAUGCGUCCCCCUCCGGGCUUCGGCGGUCGAUAGCCCCGCCGCGGACCUCCCGCCGGGUCGACGAUACACCUACCUACCUCGAAGAGCAUUUUCUACGGUAGUCUUGUGCCGAAAUCGAAACCGACGCCAUCGCGAUCGCUCGCUCGUUUUCUAGAUUUUUUUUUCUUAUCAGUAAUUAGUUUAAGCAGUUUUUGAUUAGUGCGUAAGUGAAAUUUGUGACGGUUCGUCGACCGACUCCGAGCGCAAUUAUAGAAAAUG